AUGCUUCUCUAUUACCUAGCUGCAAUAUUCAAGGGCCUUCACCCUCGUGUCGACGAUGAUUUCGUGGACAAAUUGAAUUAUCACUACACCUCGGCGAUCAUUUUUGCUUUUGCUAUUAUCGUCUCCGCAAAGCAAUAUGUCGGGUAUCCGAUCCAGUGCUGGGUGCCGGCUCAAUUCACAGACGCGUGGGAACAAUACACGGAAAAUUAUUGUUGGGUGGAGAACACCUACUAUUUACCUCUCACGAGUGCCUUUCCGCUAGAAUACGGCGAUCGGAGAGCUCGACAAAUCAGCUACUAUCAAUGGGUGCCUUUUGUGUUAGCUUUGGAAGCUCUCUGUUUUUACAUUCCGUGUAUUAUGUGGAGAGGUCUUCUCCAUUGGCAUUCAGGUAUCAAUGUGCAAAGUUUGACACAAAUGGCCUGUGAUGCGAGAAUGAUGGACGCGGAUGCAAGAGCGGCCACAGUGCAGACAAUAGCCGGACAUAUGGAGGAUGCUCUCGAAAUACAGAGAGAAGUGACAGACGUGUCCGGGUUGUGUGUUUCAAAGCGAUGGGGCAACUAUGUCACAUGUUUAUAUGUCUUUAUCAAAAUGCUUUACUUAGGAAAUGUCAUUUUACAAGUGUUCAUUUUGAACAGUUUUCUCGGAACAGACAACCUCUUCUAUGGCUUUCACAUUCUGAAGGAUCUUUUGAAUGGAAGAGAGUGGGAAGUGAGCGGGAAUUUUCCCCGAGUCACAAUGUGUGACUUUGAGGUCCGGGUACUGGGUAAUGUCCAUCAUCACACUGUGCAAUGUGUACUGAUGAUUAACAUGUUCAACGAAAAGAUCUUCUUGUUUCUAUGGUUUUGGUAUUUCAUGGUAUCAAUAGUGUCUAUUUCUUCAAUGUUUCAUUGGAUGUUGAUAUCAUUUUUGCCGGGACAGCACAUGAAAUUUAUCCGAAAGUACCUCCGGGCGACGGAUUUGGCCACAGAUCGACAGUCUGUGAAGAAAUUCGUGCACAAAUUCUUGGGAUUUGAUGGGGUUUUCUGUAUGCGGAUGAUCUCGGCUCAUGCCGGCGAUAUCAUGGCCACCGAAUUGAUCGUCGCUUUGUGGCACAAUUUUAACGACCGAGUGCGAAAAAGUCCAAUCGAGAUGUUCGAGGGAGGGGUCAGUCAGUCACCGAGCAAGCUUGACGCUAACUUUAAGACGUGGCUUCUUGGACAGACAAGGGGAAAGCCUCAAUUCGAUGGUUCGAAUCCGACGCGGGGGAAGAAGCGGCGGAAAAGUGACGGAUAUUUCACCUUCGUC